AUGGACGAGCUGAGUCAUGUGGACGACGACGACAGCAUGGAAUCGGACGACGAGAUUCGCGCCAUGGAGAUUCCGGAUGGGUUUCGCAUUCAAGCAUCUACACCGGCAGCUCUUGACAAUUUGUUACUGCAGCGUGGAUUACUCGUUAGGCUGGGCAUGGGGUGGUUUGGGGGGUUGAUCACUCGACAGUCUCAGGAGCGCACUCGCCACCUUUACGACUACCGUGUGCAUCUCGACCUCGACCAAAGUACGCGCGGCAUGAAGCUGCAGUUGGAAAUGUACAAAGGAGAUCCGGAUGCGGUGGUGGGCUCGUGGAUCUUGCUUGAGAGGAACACGGUCGAGCAGGUGGAUGGGAGCGGAGCUACAGGCACGUCGGGCGUAGCGGGAAGGGAACGCAGGCCGAACGUGAUCCUUAUCGACCAAGAAAGUUGA